AUGCCUUCUACUCAGCCAAGCAUGCUACAGAGCGAGCCCAUCGCCAUCAUUGGCACCGGCUGUCGAUUUCCAGGUGGUGCCAGCACUCCCUCCAAGCUAUGGGACCUCCUCCGCAGUCCCCGAGAUGUUUCCAGGGACCUCCUAAGCGCAGGCCGGUUUGAUCAGCGAGGAUUUUACCACCCCGACCACCAAUUCCCUGGUCCCAGUAACGUCCGCCGGUCGUACCUGCUAGAGGAAAACGUCGCCAACUUUGACGCUCGCUUUUUCAAUAUACAAGUGACCGAGGCGGCCGCCAUGGAUCCACAACAGCGCAUACUGCUAGAGACGGUUUACGAAAGCCUUGAAGCGGCUGGACAGACACUUGAGGGGCUAAAGGGUUCAGAUACUGGCGUUUACGUCGGCAUGAUGUACGGAGAUUAUGAGUCCCAGCAGUAUAGAGACUUGCAAAAUGUUCCAUUGUACCAUGGCACGGGUGUUGCUCGAAGCAUGGUGUCUAACCGAAUCUCUUACUUCUUCGACUGGCACGGCCCGUCGCUGACCGUCGACACAGCGUGUUCUUCAUCCCUUGUGGCGCUGCACCAAGCAGUCCAGUCCCUACGAUCCGGUGAGGUCACCAUCGCAGUGGCGGCGGGAACAAAUCUCCUGCUGGGGCCUGAGCCUUACAUCUACGAGAGCAACCUGAAAAUGCUCUCACCCGAUGGACGCUCCCGUAUGUGGGGAGAUGACGCGAAUGGGUACGCUCGCGGAGACGGUGUCGCCGCUGUGGUGCUCAAAACGCUGAGACAGGCAUUAGCAGACGGAGACCACAUCGAGUGUGUUGUUCGGGAGUCUGGGGUCAACCAAGACGGCCGAAGCCCCGGUAUUACAAUGCCCACGGCCAAGGCUCAGGUCGCAUUGAUCCGCGACGUCUAUGCCCGGGCUGGUCUGGACUUGACUUCACCGGUGGAUCGAUGCCAAUACGUCGAAGCUCACGGCACGGGAACGCCGGCUGGAGAUCCCGUCGAGGCAGAGGCUAUUCAUACAGCCUUCUUCCAAAACAGCAACGGCAUGCCUAUCGAGAUUAACGAUGCCGACAAGAUCGUAGUAGGCUCCAUCAAAACAGUCAUCGGUCACACAGAGAGCACUGCGGGACUCGCGGCCAUCGUCAAGGUUGCGCAGGCCUUGAACCACGGCCAGAUUCCACCUAACGGCAACCGUGUACUGGACGGAAAGGUCUUGGAUUUCACAAUGAACCCCCGCGUUGAACCCUGGUGCAAGAACCUUCGCAUUGCUAGUGAGCUCACUCCCUGGCCAAAGGUGGCCCCGGGACAAUGCAGGCGUGCUAGCAUCAACAGCUUUGGAUUCGGCGGUACAAAUGCCCACGUUAUUCUGGAAAGCCUGGGGGACGACAUGCAGGUCGAGCAUGUAGAUGAGGGUGGCGAAGGUGAUAUGAUCAGGUCUUUCGUUUUCUCCGCACAGUCCAAGCAGUCUCUGAUCGCGAAUCUGGCUGCCCACGCCGCCUAUCUAUCAGAACAUCCAGACACGCGCCUUGCCGAUCUUGCCUGGACAUUGCGUUCACGACGGUCGCGUUUCCCACUUCUAGUCGCACUAUCGGCCUCCUCGGUCGAAAUGCUGCGUAGCAGUCUCCUCAAGAUUACCAGCAGCGACUCUAACAAGCUACAGCUGGACCAGAGGCUAAAGCUUACAACCACGGGCUCUUCUGCCACCACAAAAGAGCGCAAGGCCAAGCUCCUGGGUAUCUUCACUGGGCAGGGUGCUCAGUGGGCUCGAAUGGGAGCUCAGCUAGUGGAGACUUCCAAAUAUGCGUCCGAUAUACUGAGCAAGCUGGACGCUGAGCUUGCCAAUCUUCCCAACGAACAAGACCGCCCUAACUGGACGCUUCGCAAAGAGCUUCUGGCGGACGCGAACAAGUCCAGGGUCGGCGACGCUGCCAUCUCGCAGCCUUUGUGCACAGCCGUCCAGGUGAUUCUCGUGGACCUCCUCCGCGAAGCCGGUGUUGAAUUCGCCGCCGUCGUUGGCCACUCUUCUGGUGAAAUUGGCGCGGCUUACUAUACCGGUCGCCUGUCCGCGACUGAUGCCAUUCGAAUUGCCUACUAUCGUGGCCUUCACUCCACUCGCCUGGCUGGAGGGCCUAACGGCGCACAGGGUGCCAUGGUGGCCGUUAGCACCAACAUGGAAGACGCAAGCGAGGUCUGCCGCGACGAGUUCUUCCAAGGACGCGUCACGGUUGCGGCCUGCAAUUCUCCCAACAGCGUCACGUUAUCCGGUGACAGUGAUGCUGUUGAGGAGAUUGCGGGGCUGUUCGAAGACGAAGGAAAAACAGCUCGUCGGCUCAGGGUCGACAAGGCGUACCAUUCACACCACAUGAUUCCUUGCUCACAGCCAUACUUGAGUUCUAUGCUGAGCUUUCAGUCGCAUCCGUCUCGUCCGGAGGUCCACUCGGAUUGCGUGUGGGUAUCGAGUGUGGCCGUCGGGUCGGACACAUCAGUAGCCGAGUUGGAUGCCUCCUACUGGGUCGACAACCUCCUGUCGCCUGUUUUGUUCAAGCAGGCCGUCGAGCGAGCCGUCACGGAGCUAGGGCCAUUCGAUGCCAUCGUCGAAGUCGGACCACACCCAGCUCUGAAAGGACCUGUGCGUCAGAUCCUCGAAGGAUUGAAGGUCAGCCAACUGCCCUAUACCGGGAUCCUUGAGCGUGGCACCGAGGCAGCCUGGAGCAUGUCCACGGCACUUGGAUAUCUCUGGACUCAUGUGGAAAAUAUUUCCAUCAACUUUGACAAAUAUGAGAACGCAUUGAGUGGGUCGGGAUCAUCCAAGCCUAGGUUCGUGGCGGGUCUUCCACUGUACCAAUGGAACCAUAGCCACAACGGGGGGCACUGGCAUGAGUCCCACACGUCUCGUCGCCUUCGCUUCAGGAGCUCACCCGUCCACCCUCUCCUUGGCGAUAUUUGCAGCUCCAGCUCUCCCCAAAAUCUUUCAUGGAAAGCUGUUUUGCGCUCCGAAGACAUUCCCUGGGUCCAUGACCACAAGAUACAGGGCCAGAGCGUCUUUCCAGCGGCUGGGUACGCCGUGACUGUGCUGGAGGCGGCUCCUUUCCUGGCAGAUGGGAAGGUCAUUCGUCUUGUCGAAAUUGAGGAUCUCGUCAUUCAUCAGGCCAUGGUAUUCGACAACGACUCUUCUGAUUCCAGUAUUGAGGUACGAUUCUCGAUUGGUGGUGUCAGCCGUCUGCAUGAUGAUGCGACAGUAACAGGCCAUUUUACCUACGAGUAUUACUCUUCAAACGGGUCUCUGGAGCUCGCCGCAAGUGGCCAGAUGCGUGUCAUUGUAGGCGAGCCUUGCCAACAAACCCUGCCUGCUAGCGAUGCGAAACGGGACUCUGCCAUGGUGAAUGUCCCGACCGACGUCUUGUAUUCCUCGUUGCAUGACAUGGGCUAUGGAUACACAGGCCCUUUCAAAGCAUUGUCGGGGUUAAGCAGAAAGCUUGGAAAGGCCGUGGGACUCAUCGACACCACGCUAGCUGAAUACAACGAUGCCAACAAUUGGAUGGCCGUCCACCCUGGCAUGUUGGACGCCGCCAUCCACUCCGUCAUCCUGGCUUACAGCUAUCCGAGGGAUGGAAAGCUCUGGUCAUUGCAUCUACCGACGCGUAUCAAGAGAAUCCGAGUCAACCCGGCCCUUUGCGGGCGCCAUUGGACAGCCGAGCCCGUUCCGUUUGUUUCGACGAUUGGCGACGACCAAGUACACAGCUCGGACAGGUCCCCUGAAUUCCGUGGCGACGUUGAGAUCCAUGGCCGAGAUGGUCUCUAUUCAGCCAUCCAAGUGGAGGGCCUCCAGGUCGUGCCCUUCUCGGUGGCGACCCCGAGCGACGAUCGGACUGUGUUCUACGUGACGCGCUGGGUCAACGCAGAGCCUGACGCUGAUAUGCCAGGUCCAUUCAUCGCGACCCCAGAGCAACGAAAGCUGGCGGAGAUCCUCGAGCGAGGCCAUUACUUCUACUUGCGCCAGCUUGAUGACCAAGUACCUGUCGACCAUCCCGGACGAUCUGAUCAGUUCAACGCCGCUUACCUGCGAUGGGCUACGCACACCCACCGUCUUGUGAUGGAGGGCAAGGACCGCUAUGGCAAACGGGCCUGGGUCAAUGACCCAUUGGAUGACAUCAAGACUCUGACCGAGCCGUGUAGUGAAUUGCCCGAGGUCAAGGCGAUGCACAUCGUGGGCGAGCAGAUGCCACGAGCAAUUCGUGGGGAGACGACAAUGCUACAUCAUCUCAUGGUAACUGGUCUCCUGAAUGAGUACUACGCCAAGGCACUGGGGAUGGGACAGGUGACUGUCCUCGCCGAUACUGUGUUGCAGGUCACCCGCAGAUACCCCCAAGCCAAUAUUCUGGAGGUUGGCGCUGGCACGGGUGGAGCAACGCGUGAGGUGCUUAAGCUCAUUGGAAACAACUUUGGCUCGUUCACAUUCACAGACGUGUCGGCAGGCUUCUUUGAUGAUGCUCAGGCCGAAUUCGCCCUUUAUAAAGAUCAAAUGUCCUUCCGUGUGUUGGACCUGGAGCAAGACCCAGCGGCGCAGGACUUUGAGAAGCACUCAUACGACAUUGUGAUUGGGUCCCUCGUUCUGCACGCGACUAAGAGCCUUGAGAAGACGCUGCAAAAGGUGCGAUCGCUGCUUCGGCCUGGCGGUUACCUCAUCUUUUAUGAGAUCACCAAUGUCAAUCUAAUCCGCCCCACGGCCCUGUUCGGCUGUCUCCCAGGAUGGUGGCAGGGUGUGGAUGAGGGCCGAAUAUUCAGCCCUGCCGUGAGCGAGUCUAAGUGGGAUGCUCUGCUUCGCAAGACUGGCUUCUCAGGAGUUGACACGAUGACUCCCACCAACGAUUCCAUGCCGUUUUGUAACUCGGUCCUGGUGUCCCAGGCAGUGGAUGACUGGGUUGACUUUGUCCGACAGCCGCUCAUGACACAGGCUGCGGCUGGCGCGUCGCUGUUCUCCAAGAAGUCAUCUGAGGCCGUGUUGAAGAAGCUAUUCAUCGUCGGGGGUCAGAACCUCCACGUCUCGCGAUUCAUUGAUGGGGUGCAGAAGCUGAUAAGACCGUUCUGCGACGAGGCAAUCAAUCGAGUGGAGCUCCUUGAAGACCUGGACCACGACCAAAUCGACAAGUCGUCAACCGUUUUGGUUCUGCAAGACCUGGAUCAGCCUGUGUUCAAAGACAUGACGAGUGAGAGGCUGGAGAGCCUCAAAACGCUGUUUGGAUCAGAGAAAACUAUUGUUUGGGUCACGCAUAACCGUCUCGUCGACAACCCUUACUCCAACAUGGCUCCAGGAUUUGUGCGACCAUCCAUCUGGGAGGCCCCCGAGCUUCGCUACCACUUUGUCGACUUUCAAGACGUUCCCGAGUCCAAAAUAGAUGCCCGCGCCCUCACUGAAGUCGUUCUCCGCUUCCAGGUUGCGGGAUCGGUGCACAACCGGGACCAGCAAAGCAAGUCCAGCAAGGCUCUGUGGUCGGUGGAGUCUGAGAUUGUUAUAGAUGCAGACGGGCGCCAGCGCAUCCCACGGUUGGGACCUCUUGUGGAUGCAAAUGCGCUGUAUAAUUCGUCGCUGCGCCAGAUUGAGUGUGACGUUGGACCUCAGCUGAGUCCGGUCUUGCUGCGUAAAGCAACCGGCCAGGCCGCUUAUACGCUGCAGAAACAGCAGCCCAUUAGUCUUGAUGGCUCGACAUCGACCGCCUCCUUGAAGAUUAACCACUCCAGCCUUUUUGCGGUCAGGACUGAAUGGGGAGAUGCUUUCGCUGCGUCCGGAACGUGCGAGGCGACAGGCGUCAAGUACUUAGGGCUGACGUCGUCCGUAACAUCACUGGUCAACGUGGCGACGUCCAGCCUGGUGGAGAUACCUGAGGCGGUCCCUCGAGUAGGCUCCGAGACCCUGAUCCUGACUUUAGUUGCCUGUCAACUUGUUAUCUUGACGAUUGAGGCAAAAAUCGCCGGGCAUCAGGCUGUGGUGGUUCAUGAUGCUCCGCCCAUGAUGGGAGCAUGUUUGGCCCGCUCCUCAAAGGCAAAGAACAUCACAUUCACGACUUCAUCGCGCGAUGAGGCAGCCAAGAACAACUGGACUCAUAUUAAUGAGUACGCCAGGCAAUCGGAGUUGGAGUCACUUUUUCCUCUGAACGUCUCCAUGCUGAUCGAUUUCGCGGCCGAGACCCCCGAGUCGUCCGUGCUGGCAAACUGCUUUCCCAGGAAUGUUGAGAUUCUCAGCAAGUUCACCAUCUUCGCUGCCGAGUCAUAUAACGCCCUCGUCCCUUCUACAACCGUGGGAGACAUGCUCCAUACGGCUAUGGAGUUGGCAUUGGAGGAAGUCCGGAAUGAUGGCACAGACCGUGUAACUGUCGAAGAAGUUCACAUCAGCGCGUUGACCAGCGACGAAGAUUCAGCCUCAUCCACUCAUUCACCCCUCACAAUUGUGAACUGGACCGGUUUCGAGACGUUGCCCGUCACUAUGCAGCCAGUCAACGUCUCGCUCAGAGCUGACCGGACGUACUGGCUCGCGGGGCUCUCUAGAGACAUGGGACUCUCGCUGGCAGACUGGAUGGUACGCAGUGGCGCUAGAUAUAUUGUCAUAUCGAGUCGCAACCCCAGGAUCAGUCAAGCCUGGCUUCAAAAUGCGGCUCGUAAAGGCGCUACCGUCUUGGUUAUUAGCUGUGACAUUACCGAUUAUGACUCCCUCGUCGAGGCCCAUGCCACCAUCACCAAGAGCCUGCCUCCCAUUGCUGGUGUUGCCCAAGGCGCUAUGGUACUCAAUGACGUCCUGACGAGAGACAUGACAUUGGAAGACCUCAACAAGGUCCUGCGCCCCAAGGUUGACGGCAGCAUCAAUCUCGAUCGCCUCUUCCAUGACUCACCCCUGGACUUCUUCAUCUUCUUCUCCUCGGCGGCUAGUGUCACUGGCAACGCCGGCCAGGCAAACUACUCUGCAGCCAACUUCUUCAUGGGCAGCCUGGCCCACAAGCGGCGUCGUCGCGGCCUCGCUGCCUCCGUGAUUGACCUGGGCCCCGUCCUAGGCACGGGAUACAUCACGAGAGAGAUUGGUGACGCCUUGACCCGCCCGUUAGCGGAGAGGGGACUGCUCGGCAUGUCUGAAUCUGAUGUCCACUGCUUGUUCGCGGAGGCCAUCAACGCCAGUCCUGUGACGCCGGGCUCCGAGGUGGGAUGGCACAUCACAACUGGGCUGAUACCACUUCCGGCUGAGGCGCCGAACCGACCUCUCUGGUACAAUUUCCCUCAAUUCGCCUGCCUCACUAUCAGAGACCCAAGUGCGAACGAUUCAAACAAAGCAUCAAACACUGCUGGUGGGGCUGUUGUCCCUAUCAAAGAUCAACUGACCGAGGCUAAGACGAAGGAGGAUGUGCAAAAAGUCAUCACUGACAAUUUCCUCAAGGAAAUGUGCUCCAUGCUCCAUAUGGGCGAGGACUUCGCCAUGACACCAGCCGUUCGCACAGACGAGCUGGGCUUAGAUUCCCUCGUCGCAGUCCGCAUCCGCUCGUGGUUCCUCAGCCACUUCAAAGUUAAUAUCCCGGCGUUGAAGAUUAUCAAGGGCGUCUCGCUCCAGCAGCUUAUCGACCAGACUCUCAACGAAAUGCCCGCCGACCUGACGCCGGGCUUGUUCGGUGCGAGUCCGUCCGCCGAUGGUCCUGAGGUGCAUCCACGGCCCGAAGAUACCAAGAAUAUUUCCGCUGCAUCAUCGUCCGGCAACACACUAGACAGCCAUAGCACCGCCACAUCUGAGACGGGAGAGACAAGAAUCAUGACUCCGCCUCCGGAGAAAGAGUUGGAGAUAGAGAGGUUCGGCCCCCUAUCCUAUACACAGUCCGUGUUUAUGUUUGUGCACGAGCUGUUGGAAGACAAAACAACUCUAAACAACACAGGCAUGGUUCAUCUUAAUGGCGAGAUAAGAGUACCGGAUCUCCAUAGGGCGGUGCGCCUCUUGGGAGAGCGCCAUGAGGGUUUGAGAACUUGCUUCUUCACAGAGGAUGGAGUCCAUACCCAAGGCGUGCUUGCGGAGCCGACUUUGGAGCUGGAGCAUCGCCGCGUCUUUACCAAAGCCGACGUCUUGAGCGAGUAUGACGCUCUGAAAAAUACUGUCUUCGAUUUGCGCCAAGGCCACACGGCGAGAGUGUUGCUCUUAUCCUACUCUCCAACUGACCACUACUCUGCCCUGGCCACGCAUCACAUCAUCUUCGAUCGAGCCAGCACCGACAUCUUCAUGGCUGACCUUGCUCGCAUCUACAAAAACCAAAAUGAAAGUUUAGCAACUCCAUUGCAAUACCUCAACUACUCCAAUCGAUUGCAUGAACAGCACGCUUCAGGCAAGUGGGCAGACGCAAUGAGGUUCUGGCGCCGCGAGUUUGCCACAAUUCCAGAGCCCUUACCCCUCCAUCGAAGCAGCAUCCCGGAGCGCCGUCCUCUCGAGAGGUAUAGCUCUCGCACCGGGCUGCCGGAAUGCGAGUUCCGUAUUGACAGCACGCUCACAACCAGGAUCCGGCAAGUCGCCCGCAAGUAUAGGUGCACGCCGUUCCACUUUCACCUAGCAGCCUUCAAGGUUUUGCUCUUCCGCUGGCUGGGUACGGAGGACGUUUGCAUCGGCUUUGCCGACGGCUGUCGUCGAGACGAAAGCAUGUGGACUGGAAUCGGCCCAUUCUUGAACAUGCUUCCUCUUCGCAUGAAGGCACGGACGUCGCAGUCCUUUGCGGAUGCCAUAGUCGAGUCAAGGGAAAAGAGCCACGGGGCUCUCUCCAACGCGAUCCCUCUUGAGGUCAUCCUGAACGAGCUCAAGGUGUCCAGGCAAGCCACGCACUCACCACUGGCUCAGGCAUUUAUGAACUACGCGGAGACGAGCGUUGAGAGCGGGCGUGAGUUUUUGGACUGCGACUGCGAGAUGAUGGCCGAGGACCAGGCCGAGCUCCCCUACGAUAUUGCUUUUACAAUCAUUACCAACACGACCGCAGAUGGUGACGCGGACACAAAGAUCGUCCUUAACGUUCAAGACUGUCUUUAUAAUGCAGACGCAGCCCGGAUUCUUGCAAACGGCUACGAAGAUAUCUUUCGGGAGUUUGCUGACCGGCCAGACGAUCCACUGAAUAGCAAAUGGAAGUUCAGGCAGUCCUCGUUGUCAAAGGCGAUUGCAGUUGGUCACGGUCCCGGCUUCAAUAUCACCUGGACCGACACCAUCGUGCACAAACUGGAUGCGCUGCUCGCAUCCAUCGGUGACCGGGUCGCCGUAACCGACGGCGUCAACAAGCCCGUGACUUACAAGGAGCUUUCGAGGCAGAUUAACAGCAUCGCAUCGUCACUGCUGCAGGAGGGCGUUACUGCUGGCUCUAAAGUCGCUGUUUGCCAGAAUCCAACCGUUUUGUGGGUCGCCUCUGUGGUGGCGAUCCUCAAGAUUGGCGCAGUCUACGUUCCCCUUGACGCUGCGACUCCGCCCGCCCGCUUGGCUCUCAUGGUUCAAGACUGCAGGCCUGCAGCUGUCUUGAGUAAUGAGUCUACUAGGGAGAUGGUGGGGGAGCUGGCACCUCAAGGCGCCGUGAUCGACGUAUCCAACGCCGUUGAUGUGCCUGCCGAAUCUCUUCCCACAACUGCGCUCGCUGAUGCACCGGCCAUGGUUCUCUACACCAGUGGCUCCACAGGGACACCUAAAGGUGUAGUUCUCACUCAUGAGAGCUUGCGACAUGAGUUUGAGCACUGCGAAGCCGUGUAUGGGCUCAAGCCGGGGGAUGUUGUGCUGCAGCAGAGCGCCUGGAGCUUCGACCUCUCCAUCACGCAGUUGUUCCUGGCACUCACAGUUGGUGCGCGGCUGCAUGUGGCUUCCCAUACGUUGAGAGCCGAUGGGCGAGCCAUGGCUGAGCUAAUCCGUGAUGAGAAUGUGACUACCACGUAUGCCACUCCGACAGAGUACAAGGCCUGGCUUCGUAAUGCGCACGUGGACAUCAUUCAACAAUCGCCUUGGAGACUAGCCUUGGUGGCAGGAGAGGCCGUCACAGUACCGUUACUGAGGAGAUUCAGGAAUCUGGGCAGGGCAGACAGUCUUCGUCUCUUCAAUGUGUACGGUCCGACAGAGACGACCUGCGGGUCGACCAAGAUGCAGCUUGAUUAUGCUAAUCCUGACAAAUACGCGGACGCGGUGCCCGUGGGCCGGGCAUCUGCAAACGAGUGCUUCUACAUUCUCGACAACAACCAGAGCCUGCAGCCUCUCGGCUUAACCGGUGAAGUUGCCAUUGGCGGCGUUGGAGUCGCAAAAGGCUAUCUGAACAACGCGGAACAGACAAAGGCGUCUUUUGUUCCAGAUCCAUUUGCAACUUCCGAGUACACCAGGUGUGGCUGGACUACCAUGUACCGUACAGGUGACGCCGGCUACUUGAAAGAGGACGGCACGCUGGUCCUCAAAGGCCGCCUUAGCGGUGACACCGAGGUCAAGCUAAACGGAAUUCGAAUCGAUCUCAGAGACGUGGAACAGACUGUACUGAAAGCGUCUCAAGGUCGGCUUGCCGAUGUGGCGGCGUGCGUGCGCACCAAUUUGUCGGCAUCCGAGGACGAAGAACAAGCAGCAUUCAAAUACAUGGUCGCCUAUUGUGUCUUCUCUUCUGAAGGGGUGCUAGGCGAAAGCUACGACGCAGAAUCGAUCCUUCAAAGGAUUCUAGAGAGCCUGCCUCUGUCGCAUGCAAUGCGACCAUCCGUUCUUGUUCCCGUUGAUGAUCUUCCGAGAACAACAGCGGGAAAGCUAGAUAGGCGCGCUCUUGCAGAUUUAGAAAUCGCCCACGGACUAUUGCUUAGCGUGACCGGUGCCACUAGGACUACCCUGACAUCUACGCUCUCGAAUGCCGAGGCCAGGCUUCUCGAGCUGUGGCAAUGCGUUCUGCCAGAGGAAGUGGUUCGGCAUGUCGGCAUUCGCGCCUCGUCUGACUUUUUCAGCGUUGGUGGCACCUCCAUGCUGUUGGUGCAGCUGCAGCAAAAGAUUAUCGAAAGAUGCCAUGUUUCCCUUACCCUUCUGGACCUCUUCAGAACGAGCACCCUGAGUGGAAUGGCCCGCGUCCUCCAGCGCGCCCUGGGACCGGAGAGCGAUGUACCGGACACGACAGAUGGAGAUCAGUUCAAGUCUAUUGAUUGGGCCAGAGAGACGGCGUUUGAACUAGAAGUGCCGAUGGGAGACGCAAAAUCUCCAUCGCCUAGGGAGCCCCCUCGGGUGGUUGUUUUGACCGGUGCAACUGGGUUUCUUGGUCAGCAUCUGCUUCGCGGGCUUCUCGAGCAGCGCGGUGUUGAAAAGAUCAUAUGCAUCGCAAACAGGAAUUUGACUGACGAAAGGAGGAAGGAGCUUCUAUUGUCUCCACGCGUCGAGUGCUUGGAAGGAGACCUGUGUGCUUCCAAUCUUGGUUUGACCCAGGUUGAUAUGGAUCGCAUCUUUGGCAUUGAAGCUGACGCUGUUAUCCACAACGGCGCAGACGUAUCUCAUCUCAAGACAUACGCUUCUCUGAGAGGACCCAACGUGACCUCUACCAAGGAGCUGGCCCGGUUAUGCCUACAAAGACGGGUGCCUCUGCAUUACGUCUCCACGACGGGAGUCACCAUGUACACGGCGUCGAGUACAUUCCCAGAGGUAUCGGUUCACGGCUCACCGCCGCCGUGCGACGGAAAAUACGGAUAUAUCUCUUCUAAAUGGGCCAGUGAAGUCUACCUCGAGAACGCAAACUCCCUGUGCAAGCUCCCGGUCUACAUCCAUCGACCAUCCAGCGUGCUCCGUCCCGACGUGGGGGAACAGACGCCAGCCGCAGACGUUCUGCAGAACAUGCUCACCUUCUCGCGACGGGUGAGUGCCGUGCCGAUAGCGCCAUCCCUCAAAGGAUUCGUGGAUCUUGUACGUCCCGAGACUGUCACGGACAGACUCUUACGAGCGGUGAUGACUCCAUCCCGUGGCGAGGAGGUGGUUUACAUUCAUGAAUCAGGCGAUAUUGAGCUGAAGGUCUCUCAAAUCCCGAGCUAUCUGUCUAAGGAGAUGGGAAAGCCUAUCCAGCAAGUGGACUUGGCUGACUGGGUCAGGAGAGCGGAGGAAACGGGCCUGUCGAGUGCGAUGUCGGCCGUAUUUCUGGGGCUUGGAGAGGAGGACACUCUGAACUUCCCGAGAUUGCUGAGGAGUCUUUGA